AUGAGGCGGUUCCUGCGGUCAGGCCCUGACCCAGAGCGGGAGAGGCUUAAGCAGGAGCUCUUCCAGUUCAACAAGACGGUGGAGCAUGGCUUCCCACACCAGCCCAGUGCCCUUGGCUACAGCCCCUCCCUGCGCGUGCUGGCCAUCGGCACCCGCUCCGGAGCCAUCAAGCUCUAUGGCGCCCCCGGGGUGGAGUUCAUGGGGCUGCACCGUGAAAACAAUGCUGUUGUGCAGAUCCACUUCCUGCCGGGUCAGUGCCAGCUGGUCACCCUGUUGGACGACAACAGCCUACAUCUCUGGAGCCUGAAGGUCAAAGUUGGGGUGUCGGAGCUGCAGGAGGAGGAGAGCUUCACCCUGCGUGGCCCCCCAGGGGCCGCCCCCAGUGCCACACAGAUCACUGUGGUCCUGCCACACUCCUCCCGCAAGCUGCUCUACCUGGGCACCGAGAGCGGCAACGUGUUUGUGGUGCAGCUGCCGGCCUUCCGCGCGCUGGAGGACAGGACCAUCACCUCUGAUGCCGUGCUGCAGCGGUUGCCAGAGGAGGCCCGUCAUCGGCGGGUGUUUGAGCUGGUAGAAGCCUUGCAAGAGCACCCCCGAGACCCCAACCAGAUCCUGAUUGGCUACAGCCGGGGCCUUGUCGUCAUCUGGGAUCUGCGGGACAGCCGUGUACUCUCCCAUUUCCUCAGCAGCCAGCAAUUAGAGAACGUGUGCUGGCAACGUGACGGCCAUCUGAUUGUCAGCUGCCAUUCCGAUGGCAGCUACUGCCAGUGGCCCAUGUCCGGCGACGCCCAGCAAUUGGAGGCCCUGCCCAGCUGCAUGCCUUACGGUCCCUUUCCCUGCAAAGCUAUUACCAAACUCUUCUGGCUGACCACCAGGAAGGGGCUGCCCUUCACCGUCUUCCAGGGUGGCAUGCCACGGGCCAGCUAUGGGGACCGCCACUGCAUCUCGGUCAUCCACGGCAGCCAGCAGACCGCCUUCGACUUCACCUCCCGCGUCAUUGACUUCAUUGUCCUUGCCGAGGUGGACCCCACAGCUGCCUUUGAUGACCCCUAUGCCCUGGUGGUGCUGGCUGAGGAGGAGCUGGUGGUGAUUGACCUGGUGACACCUGGCUGGCCACCGGUGCAGCUGCCCUACCUGGCCUCCCUGCACUGCUCUGCCAUCACCUGCUCCCAUCAUGUCUCCAACAUCCCCCUGAAGCUGUGGGAGCGCAUCAUUGCUGCCGGCAGCCGACAGAGUGCACACUUCUCCACCAUGGAGUGGCCUAUUGACGGGGGCACCAGCCUGGCCCCAGACCCACCCCAGAGGGACCUGCUGCUCACAGGGCACGAGGAUGGCACCGUGCGGUUCUGGGAUGCCUCGGGCGUCUGUUUGCGGCUGCUAUACAGACUCAGCACUGUACGGGUAUUCCUCACUGACACAGAUCCCAGUGAGAACCUCCAUGCCCAGGGCGAGGACGAAUGGCCCCCACUACGCAAGGUGGGCUCUUUCGACCCCUACAGUGAUGACCCCCGGCUAGGCAUCCAGAAAAUUUUCCUCUGCAAAUACAGCGGCUUCCUGGCUGUGGCAGGCACAGCGGGACAGGUGCUGGUGCUGGAGUUGAAUGACGAGGCUGCAGAGCUCACGGUGCAGCAGGUGGAGGCAGACCUGCUGCAGGACCAGGAGGGCUACCGCUGGAAGGGCCACGAGCGCCUGUGUGCCCGCCCAGGCCCCGUGAGCUUCGAGCCCGGCUUCCAGCCCUUCGUGUUGGUGCAGUGCCAGCCCCCAGCCGUGGUCACCUCCCUGGCCCUGCACUCCGAGUGGCGGCUCGUGGCCUUUGGCACCAGCCACGGCUUUGGCCUCUUCGACCACCAACAGCGGCGGCAGGUCUUUGUCAAGUGCACACUGCAUCCCAGUGACCAGCUGGCCCUGGAGGGUCCCCUGUCCCGCGUCAAGUCCCUGAAGAAGUCCCUACGCCAGUCCUUCCGCCGGAUGCGCCGGAGCAGGGUGUCCAGCCGGAAGCGGCGGCCGGGUGGCCUGCUGGGAGAGGUGCCAGAGGCCAGCUCCAAGGUGGAGCGUGCCGGCAUUCAGAACAUGGAGCUGGCGCCCGUGCAGCGCAAGAUCGAGGCCCGCUCGGCGGAGGACUCCUUCACCGGCUUCGUUCGCACGCUCUACUUUGCUGACACCUACGUGAGGGACAGCUCCCGCCACUGCCCCUCACUGUGGGCUGGUACCAAUGGCGGUACCGUCUAUGCCUUCUCCUUGCGCGUGCCCCCUGCCGAGCGGAGGAUGGAUGAGCCUGUGCGGGCAGAGCAGGCCAAGGAGAUCCAGCUGAUGCACCGUGCACCUGUGGUGGGCAUCCUGGUACUAGACGGACACAGCGUGCCCCUCCCCGAGCCCUUGGAGGUGGCCCACGACCUGUCUAAGAGCCCAGACAUGCAGGGAAGCCACCAGCUGCUGGUCGUAUCUGAGGAGCAGCUCAAGGUGUUUACACUACCCAAGGUCAGUGCCAAGCUGAAGCUGAAGCUGACGGCCUUGGAGGGUUCACGGGUGCGGCGGGUCAGCGUGGCCCAUUUCGGCAGCUGUCGGACCGAGGACUACGGGGAGCAUCACCUGACCAUCCUCACCAACCUGGGUGAUAUCCAGGUGGUCUCCUUGCCCCUGCUCAAGCCCCAGGUGCGCUUCAGCUGCAUCCGCCGGGAGGAUGUUAGUGGCAUCGCCUCUUGUGUCUUCACCAAAUACGGCCAAGGUUUCUACCUGAUCUCCCCCUCGGAGUUUGAGCGCUUCUCUCUCUCCACCAAGUGGCUGGUUGAGCCCCGGUGUCUGGUGGAAUCCACAGAAACCAAGAACCACAGCCGCCCCCGUAACGGGGCGGGCCCUGAGAAGGCUGUGGGCCGAGCCAGGAACUCAGGGAGCCAGAGUGAUGGAGAUGAGAGGUCUCCAGGGCCCGUGAUGGAGCACGCAUUGCUCAAUGAUGAGAGAGUGCUGAAGGAGAUCCAGAGCACGCUGGAGGGGGACCGAGCGAGCUCUGGGGAUUGGCGAUCUCGGAGAGUGGCGAUUGGGUACAGCCUCAGCAAUGGAGGAGCUGGACAGGCCGAGGACUGGGCUACACGGCGUCACCCCGGGUCUCGCCCUGCUGCUGGCCUCUAG